UGCAGAAUGGUAUGGGAACAGGUAGCUGAGCAGGUAGCUUCAUGGGAAAGAUGAGUUUUGAAGAGGAAUCUGACGGAAGCAAGAAAGAUGGCACUAUAUCCUGAGAAGCAAAUCCAAGCACCAGGGAUAGAAAAAAGAGAAAAGGUGGAGUUGUUUGAGAGGGCAUUUGGAGGCUUUUGAAUAGCUGCUGGUGGAGAUAGACAGGCAGAGGUCACAGGCAAGCAUGUGUUGUUACAGUGGAGGGAUGGAGUAGGUGGCAAGACUUUGAAGGUAAGGAUGGGAAGUUCAUCUAUCACCUUGAAUGUUGUACUUUAAAAUGUGCCCUUUACCUGGAAAUACAAAAUGUUGUACAAGAUACGUGGCCAUUACAUAUGUGUUUAUUUGGAAGGUCAUCCCAUUGAAGUCUGGCAGGACUUACUUCUGAGUGAAUGUACAUAGGAAGGAGUUUUCACAUAUGUUUAAUAUCUUUACCAUAUCCAAUAUUUUCUUACAGUAAUGGCACUGACCAAACAAGAGGAAUAUACCUACAUAUACAAAGAUCACUCUCAUCCUGUGGAGUUCUUGGAAGCAUUUAGAACAUUCUAUCUUGAAGGCUUAUUCACUGAUAUUAUUCUACAGUGUGCAACGGGUGUGACUUUCCAAUGCCAUAAAGCUGUGCUAGCUGCCUGCAGCAACUAUUUCAAAGCUAUGUUCACCUCUGAUAUGAAAGAAAAGUCUAAAAACCAGAUCAAACUUUCUGGGCUCAGCCCCACAGUACUGGAAUCCUUGGUGUUUUAUACGUAUACGUCAGAGAUCCAAAUAACGAAGAAAAACGUUCAAAGCCUCCUCGAAGCUGCCGAUCUCCUACAGUUUACCUCAGUUAAAAAAGCCUGUGAGCAGUUUCUGAUAAGGCACUUAGACAUUGACAACUGCCUAGGGAUGCACUCCUUUGCAGAAUACCAUGUCUGCCCAGAACUAGAGAAGGAAUCUCGAAGGCUAUUAUUAUCUAGAUUUGAUGACGUGUGGAAGCAGGAAGAAUUUCUGGAAAUAAGCAGCGAGAAACUCCAGUUUAUUCUUUCUAGAAGGAAUCUUUGCAUUUGGAAAGAAGAAGCAGCAAUAGAACCCAUUAUUAAGUGGAUAGCCUAUGAUGUGGAUAAUAGAACUGAGUAUAUUUAUGAACUCCUACGAUGUUUUGAAACAGCUUUAGAUGAAAUGUAUUUGAGGUCAGCCUUAAGCUUGCACAAGAAAUGUCGAUUAAAUGAAAGUAAGAUCAGGUCUCUAAUACGUAAAGCAUUAAGUCCCAAUCCAAAAGUAGUUCCUACACGGUCUACAACUGUUAUGUAUGUAAUCGGGGGGUAUUAUUGGCAUCCUUUAUCGGAGGUGCAUGUUUGGGAUCCAGCAACUGACGCUUGGAUUCAGGGAGCAGAUAUGCCAGACCAUGCAAGGGAAAGUUAUGCGGUCGCUAAUCUGGGACCCAACAUCUAUGUGACGGGGGGAUAUAGAACUGACAAUAUUGAAGCACUUGAUAUAAUGUGGAUAUACAACUGUGACACUGAUGAAUGGACUGAAGGCUGCCCUAUGCUUAAUGCAAGGUAUUACCACUGUGCAGUUACCUUGAAUGGUUGUAUCUACGCUUUAGGUGGUUACAGAAAAGGGGCUCCGGCUGAAGAAGCAGAAUUAUAUGAUCCUUUAAAAAAGAAAUGGGUCCCUGUUGCAAAUAUGAUUAAAGGGGUUGGAAAUGCUACAGCCUGUGUCCUGAAGGAAGUAAUCUAUGUCACCGGAGGUCACUAUGGCUAUCGGGGAAGCUGCACUUAUGACAAAGUUCAAAGUUAUCACUCUGAUAUUAAUGAAUGGAGCAUAAUCACCACCAGUCCAUACCCAGGAUCCUAUUUGCAGAAUAUUGAGAAAUAUGACCCAGAAUGCAAUAAAUGGGAAAUUGUGGGCAGCCUUCCCAGUCCUAUACGUUCACACGGCUGCGUCUGUGUGUACAAUAUUCAAGAGGAGAAUGCCCCUCCUGGAGGAAGAAACUAAUAUACAAGGGAACACAGAACUGGGGAACAAUGACCUGCUGCCUAAAUGGGAUUUUUCCUGUGUAAGAAGCAUGUCCUCCAAUAACUAGGACACACCAUACAAUUUGGCUUGUAUUUACUCUGUACCAACUCUAUGGUGUAAAAUUAAGUUCCAGUGUAAGGAAUAUCACAUUUUUGUUACUGCCUUACAAAGGACUUGUGUGUUCCAAAUAUUGCCAGAGCCAGAUCAAAAUAACUGCUGGGUUAUUUUCAAAGUGAAAGCAGCCUGUUUGUUGGGCAGCGGUGCUGCCUAAAAUCCUUUUUUUUUUUUUUUUUACCAAGUGUGGUCUAACCUAAUUAUACCAUUUUUGUACCAUUUGAAAAUUAUUGCAGAUGCUAGACUUGAGGUUUGCAUUAUAUGUGGACUGGAGUCAACAUUAUUUCAUCUUUCCAGCUCUCCUAGGUGUGUGCAUGUUUUUUCUUAAUUUCUUUUGCUAAACAUCCUGCCUGAAAAUAGGUGAAUGCAAAAGGCUAGCCAUUACUUGUGACUUUUUUAGUUGAUCCUAACAGAGUGAUAUUGCUACUGUUGGUUUUGAGUAUUUUCCCCCAGUGACCCAACACAGCCGCCUGUAUUUUUUAUUUAAAUGCAAUAUAUAUGCAUGUAUACUACAAGUUGCUCCCAUAUACGAAUUUGUAUUAUUAGCGUAUGUGAAUAGCCCUAUAAUGUAUAGAUGUGAGCAGUUAAGGGCAAACAAAGUCUGGCAAUACGCUUUCUUAUUUCUGUGUUCUGCUGCAUCAUAACUGACCAAAUGAUGUACUGUAAACUUGAAUAAUGUGGCCUUCUUUGAGAAGUUGGACUUGAAAAGUAUGGAUUUUUUUCAUAUUUGUAAAAUUUGCAGACCACAUAUUUGUUUCAGAUUAACAUUUAUAAAUGACUAUUUAACAAUGUAUUUAACACUAUUUAAGAUUUUAUUUAAUGAUUCAGUUGCAGUCAAGAUCACUGAAAAGAACUAUAUGCUUACAGUAUGUUAUAGUGGUUUCUUUAGUGGUUUUUACACAGCACAAUGGCAAAUAGUUUUAUCUGCUCUGAAUGUAUAGCAAUCUGGGCUUUAGAGGGGAAAGCAAGUUGCUAUUGUCUUACAAGGAAGCCUUGCAGUGCCACUUAGAUGGUUAAAAUUGACUUUGCAUUCUGGAGGUCAAGGGAAGUGUAGAAGUGAUUCCUGCCUCUGCCCUUUUCCUGUCCUGCACUGGCUGCCUGUAAGUCUCCGGGUUUGGAUUGCACUGUUAGACCGAGUUGUGAUCAUCUAAUUUGAAUAAUUCUGUUCUUUGCAGUACACUGUUUAAUGUGCAAAUAUGUGAACACUUCGAUACCACGGGAAUAAUGUCAGUGAGUAAAUAUUUCAUGAAGUAUUGUUUUUUUUAAUUUAAAAAACUUUUUUAGUUUUAAAUACUGGUACAGUAAGUAGUAUAUCCCUCUCCAACUGACACGCAAAAUUUGUUUCCCGUUUUCAUAAAGUUGUUUCACUAACACACACAUAGAAGGAACAUUAAUCGUAACAGGUUUGCCAGUGUAGGAUCAUGACGACGGUGCUCACAGAGACACUGGUCUAAGUGUUUACAACCAGAGUGCAAUUGUUCUAGUCAUAACACCUUUGAAUCUAGUGUUAGGAGUACACCAUAAACAUUUGUAUUUAUAAAAGUGAAAAUGAAAUAGGGAAUUAUCGAAUGAAGCACUAAGUGUUGAAGUAAAUUACAUAUGCUUGUGCAACUCCAAUAGCAUUUGCUGGCAUGAUAGGUCAAUUGUAGAAACGCAAUGAGAUUUACAUUAGUGCUAGUGCCAAAUUAGAUCCUGCCCUUGGAACAGAAGUAUGUAUAAUUACUUUACAAACAACAGCUGCUGUACCUAUUGCUGUUUAGACUUUAAUUAGAAUAAAUGGGUGGUGCAUUUGACAGUAUUUAUGUUAAUGCUGAUUUAAUUUUUCUGGUGAACCUGUGCUUUAAAGUGUUAUACUGUUUUCUAGAUCUAAAGGAAUGUUCUACAGGUGCACUUUUUUCAAAAUAUGCCUAUUUGUGUUGAAAAAUAAAGUUUAAUUAAAAUAAUA